AUGUCAGGCUGGGGAUCUUGGCUCAAAGGCGACGCUGCAGCCGGCGCGGCUGGCGGCGCUCCAGCUGCCUCUGGAAGCAACUUCCACGCCAUUAGCGACAAGGUCGCUCAGGCCGCCCUCUUUGGCCCUCUCGAAGCCUCGGAUCUCGAAUGGACCUGUGCCGGUGGGUUCACCACCGAGACGCAGACCUGGUACUCUGUGCUCCACGAUGGCUCUUUCGCCACCUCUCAGAUCAUCCACUCGGCUGUCGGACUCUGGUACCCUCAGGUGCAGAUGACAUUUAAGUACUUCAACCCAAAGACCGGCAAGAAGAUCUGGAAGUCGGUCAACGUGACCAAGUUCGCCGCUCAAAGCGACAAACGCUCCAGCAAGGCCGCUGAAUUCAGCGUCAAUUUUUCCACCACCGACGCCGGCGACGACAAGUACACCAUCACCGCCAACCUCGACACGGAUCUGCAACUCUCUUGGUCCUUCACCCGACCGUCCGCUGUCAAAGGCUGGAAGCUCGGCUCGGGUCCCAAGGGAGGUUUCAGCUACUUCGGCUCCAACCCGGACAGUCCUGAAGGCUACGUUAUCCACCGAUUCUGGCCCGUGGCCGAGAGCGAGGGUCACAUCAUCUCGCAUGGUGCUGCUAUCGACGCAAAGGGUACAGGCAUGUUUGUACAUGCUAUCCAGGGUAUGCGACCCAACUUGGUCGCUGCCAAGUGGAACUUUGCCAACUUCCAGGCGCAGGAUGACAAACUCGGAAGGGUCAGCGGCGUCAUGAUGGAGUUCACCACCACUCCUGAUUAUGGCAGCGUCGAGAAGGAGCAGCAACGUCAAUCGCUCACAGUCAACAUCGGAUCCAUCGUAGCCGAAGGAAAGCUCAUCUCUGUCACCGCUGCCACCCGAACUGCUGGUGCAGCCGAAUCGCAACCCAGCCGCAAGAGCAACUCGUACGUCAAACACCUCGACAAGACCUUGGAUCAGGACACUGGCUACCAAGCACCUCAAUCCAUCGAGUAUCAUUGGCAGGGACCUCUGCUCGAUGCUUCUUCAGGAAAAGGUGAUCUGCAGAACACCGUCGAGGCUUCCUUGAAGGUCGACUUGGGCAAACCGUAUCCUUCGAGCGAGACCCAUGGUUUGGUGGACAAGGUCGACGUGUUGGCAGAAAUCCCGUACAUGGUGAGGAAGCUGGUCAACUAUGUGGCUGGUACCAAGCCGUAUAUCUACCAGACGCUGAAUGAGGCGACGUUGAAGAUCAAGUUGCCAGAGGCUUAUGGUGGGGAUGUCAAGGGCGAGACCGAGGUCAAGGGUUCGCUGUUUGAGGAACACACGUUUAUCAGCGGUUAG